AUGACUCAAAGGUUGGAUGCGGCGGGGUCAAACAAUGCAAAGACCAAGUAUGUGUGGGAUGAUGGAUCCGACCAUGAUGAUGUGACAAAGAUAUAUGUGCGAGGUGGUCUUGAAGGCAUACAGUUCAUCAUGUUUGACUAUGUCAAGAGUGGACAACCGAAAAGGUCAUUUCAUGGUUACUCCAAGACAGGUUUCACACAGAUGUUUGAGAUUAACCAUCUUCAGAAUGAACAUCUUGAAUCUGUUGAGGGUUAUUACACAGGCUAUCCCAAGGGGAUUCAAGGACUUCAGUUCAAAACCAACUUGAGGAUAUCUGAGAUGAUGGGAUACGCAGUUGAUGAAAAAUUUACAUUAGCAGUUGACGGGAAAAAAAUCACUGGGUUUCACGGAUCUGCUGAAUAUGGCCUCGACGCUCUUGGAGCAUAUUUCACAGAAUUUCUUCCUACGAGAUUGGAACCGAAAGGGGGCAAAAAAGGCACUGAGUGGGAUGAUGGACCCGACCAUGAGGAUGUAACAAAGGUUCAUGUACGUGCUGGUGUAAAAGGCAUACAAAACAUCAAAUUCGACUAUGUCGACAAGGACGAUCAUAUGAAAGAAGGGCCAGUGCAUGGUUCUAUCUCGGCUGGAGGUUUCAAUCUGGAGCCGUUUGAGAUUAACCAUCUCGACAAGGAAUACCUUUUAUCUUUGGAUGGUUACUACGACGAGACUUCUGGUGUGAUUCAAACACUUCAAUUCAAAACAAACAUGAAAACUUCGGAAGUGAUGGGAUACGAGGAAAAGGGUACUAAGUUUUCACUCGGGUGCAAUGGCAUGAAGAUCAUAGGGUUUCAUGGACAUGCUAAAAAGAACCUAAACUCCCUUGGGGCUUAUUUAACAUCGCUUCCUCUUACAAAAUUGGAAUACAAAGGUAAUAAUGUAGGAACCCAUUGGGAUGAUGGUACUUGGCAAGGAGUAAGGAAGGUGUACGUUUAUUAUGAUGCUUUUAUAAGGUGUCUUAGCUUCGACUACGAUAAUGAAGGCAAAGUGGAAACCCGUCACCACGGGUCGAUGGUUGAAGUCGUUGGAGAAGAAGCUGAGUUUCUACUAGAGCCAAAUGAAUUUGUCACUUCCAUAAAGGGGAAAUUUAAAAAUUGUGGUCGUGGUGAAACGUGGUUUACAUCGUUGACUUUCAAAACAUCAACAGGGAGGACCUCCCCGACAUUUGGAAAUGUAUUCGGGGACAAUCUUGUUGAUUUCGUGCUUGAGAGCAAAGGUUGUGCUCUUGUUGGGUUCUAUGGAUGGUGUAGUUAUGGUGCUGUUCACGCUCUUGGUGCAUAUUCUCAUCCGAUGCCUUCUCUUCAAGAUGCGGAGAAACUAGAACCACAAAGCGGUGAUGAAGGAGCUUCCUCGGACAAUGAUGGUUGA